CUCCUGAGCCAGAGCGGUGGAGGGAAGGAGGCCUUUUGAUUGGCUUCCAAGUGAAACAGGACUCUCCGUUUUUCCUUUGUUCCUAGGUUCAUCCGGAAUUGUAUGUUGACAAAUCAAGGGGAGACAAACUGAAGAUCAAUCUAGAUGUUAUUUUUCCACAUAUGCCUUGUGCUUAUUUGAGCAUCGAUGCCAUGGAUGUAGCAGGAGAGCAGCAGCUGGAUGUAGAGCACAAUCUGUUUAAACAACGUUUGGAUAAAGCUGGCCAUCGUGUGACUCCAGAGGCCGAAAGGCAUGAGCUGGGGAAAGAAGAAGAAAAAGUGUUUGAUCCAAAUUCUUUGGAUACCAAUCGCUGCGAGAGCUGUUACGGCGCAGAGUCAGAAGACAUUCGGUGUUGUAAUACUUGUGACGAUGUCAGAGAAGCAUACAGGCGACGAGGCUGGGCCUUCAAGAACCCAGAUACCAUAGAGCAGUGCAAGAGAGAAGGGUUUAGCCAGAAAAUGCAGGAGCAGAAGAACGAGGGCUGCCAAGUGUAUGGUUUCCUAGAGGUCAACAAGGUAGCUGGAAAUUUCCACUUUGCUCCAGGAAAAAGUUUCCAACAGUCUCAUGUACAUG